AAAAACCGACCACCCAAUAAAUCAUUCCCAGUCUCGCCAUCUAACACCUGCCCCAAAUCAAAACCUGCAUCCCGUCUCCCUCCGCCGUGCUUCUCUCUCCCUCCAUUCUAUAUAUAUAUAUAUAUAUAUAUCUUUGGGACACGAAUAUUGAUGAAUGUAUACGUACAGUGACGUAUAACUUGACGCGCUUUCAGUAUCAUUUCUUCUCUCUACAUGCGCCUGCCAGAACUAUGGGCAAUCUCUGCACUUGCUUUGCGCCCAAGACAGUGAAGAAGAGAAGACCCGCGAAGCGAUUGCAUAAUCCACAUCCUGGGCCCAGUUCAGGAAGCAACCGGUGGAAUCGGAUUCGAUCCUCGCGUAAGGACAAGCUUAAUGAUUCUUUGGUUCAAGAACAAGCUUUAGCCGCCGCGAUCCUCUUCAGCCAGCGCCAGCAGCAAAAUGGAGGUAGUUCGCUUCCCUUUGAUCGCUCUGCUUCUCUUCGUUACCCGAAUUCUGGGUCAAAGAAGACCCAGUUGCCCCGGAGUUCUAGUUCGAGGGCCAGGUCGCUCACUGACCCUCUCUUGCAGCCUCACCAGCUUGUAAAUCAGGUUCGUUUCAGUUUACUUGUUUUAAUUUUUGAAAGGUCUGGAAUGCUAAUUACUUGUUGCUAUUUUUGUUGGUUCCUGGUCUCUUUUUUUCAAUGCUUCUCGAGGGUCAGUUUUGAAUUGGUGCAUAUAAGUGCCUCUAUAAAUUUGCAGGUGAUUUUGGUGGGGCACGAUUUUGGUGGGGCAUGUAUAUCUUAUGCAAUGGAGUUAUUUCCUUCUAAGAUUGCAAAGGCUAUUUUUAUUGCCGCAGCAAUGUUGACCAGUGGACAGAAUACACUUGAUAUGUUCUCCCAGCAGGCAGGUUCCAACGAUCUAAUGCAACAAGCUCAGAUUUUCCUGUAUGUGAAUGGAAAUGAUCAUCCUCCAACUGCUAUAGAUCUUGACAAGACCUUGUUGAGGGAUUUGUUAUUUAAUCAGAGUCCUGCUAAGGAUGUUGCAUUGGCAUCUGUUUCGAUGAGACUAAUCCCGUUUGCACCAGUUUUGGAGAAGCUAUCUCUUUCUGAGAUGAAAUAUGGAUCUGUGAGGCGGUUUUACAUAGAAACUCCAGAAGAUAAUGCUAUUCCCAUCAGUCUUCAAGAAAGCAUGGUAAAGGCUCGGCCCCCAGAGGUGGUGUUUCGAAUUAAAGGUGCUGAUCAUUCACCAUUCUUCUCAAAGCCUCAAGCACUACAUAAGUUACUGGUAGAGAUAUCAAAGAUUGCUCCAACAUGAAAUAACAUUUUAACUAUAUAUGCCUACUUUAAGUGGCCUGAAAUCGGGUUUUCUGGUGGAGGAGUCCCACUCGAGAUUUAUCAGUGAUCUAGAUACAUCAACAUACCAGAAAGAAAAUCUUGUAUCUGUAGCCCAAAAAUGUUCAUAUUUCAAUUUUUUUUUCUUUUUUUUUUUUUUUUCUUACUAAAUCUUAAACACGGAGGAUGUGGAGGAAGAAAAUUCAUUUUUAAGAAGUUAAAAUUGGGGACAAUUAAGUUCUAUAGGUACGGUAGUGAAGAUGCUUACAGCCUUGUGCGUGUGGCUACCACUGUUUUGGGAUGUCUCUCAGGAAGCCGUGUUAUUAGUGUUGGAAUUUAUUAAAAAGAACAAGAACAAUAAGCCUCUAAAGAUAAUCAUACCCUUCAGAUAGAUAUUUAUCUAGUUCUUUCAAGAAGAAACAUUUAUUAGUCCUAUCUAGAAUAAGUACUUUUUGUUGCACAAACAUUUAGUCUCUUACCAUUUGGCCUUUAUGGGUAAAAGUUGUAGGUCUUUAUUUUUGGUACUUUCUCUCAGAUUGUUGUCAACACUCGGUGUUGGAUUGAGUAUUUUGGAGUCUGUUUUGAUUUUUUUUAUUUAUUUUUCUUCUUCUUUUUAGGUUGCAACCAGCUUCAUGGUAUGUUGUAUUAUUUGAAGAACUCUGAAUGAAACUAAAUAUUAUGGUUCCAGGUCAAA